GGAGAGUUCUGUUCUGCCCUACUUCUUGCUACAUUAUUUUCUUGAAACCAAUUUCUUGCAGGACAAGCAGCAAGAUCAUCACCUUACCCCAAGAGCUUCGUUUCGUUCCAUGCUCCGUUGCAACCUGCCGCUCUACAAGAUGGCAGAAUCAGCAGCUAAGCGUCUCAAGACAGACGCGACCUCCGCCGUGACGAUCGGCACCCACAACGGCCACUUCCAUGCCGACGAGGCCCUCGCCGUGUACAUGCUGCGGACACACGUCCCGCGGUACCAAGGCGCCCAGCUCAUCCGUACCCGCGACCCAGCCGUGCUAGCGACCUGCGACACCGUGCUCGACGUCGGCGGCGAGUACGACGCCGCCCGCAACCGGUUCGACCACCACCAGCGUGGCUUCACGACCACCUUCCCCGGCCGUGACACGAAGCUGAGCUCCGCGGGACUGGCCUACAUGCACUUCGGGAAGGAGAUCAUUACCAGCAGGCGCGGCGCUGCGAGCGAGGGUACGGACAGCGACUUCAGCACCGUGGAGCUGCUGUACAAGAAGAUCUACGAGAGCUUUGUGGAGGCCGUCGACGCCAACGACAACGGCAUCAGCGUAUACGACCCGCAGGGCGUGGAGGCCGCCGGUCUGAAGAAGAAGUUCUCGGACGGCGGGUUCACCCUGGGUGCGAUGGUGAGCAGGCUGAACCCCAAUUGGAACGAUCCCACGCCGAGCGACCCCGUGGAGGCGCAGGCACUUGAGGAUCAGAAGUUUGAGGUUGCCAGCCAGCGCAUAGGCGAGGAGUUUGACCGGGACCUGGACUACUACGUCACGAGCUGGCUGCCCGCGCGCUCUCUGGUAGAGAAGGCCUUUGGCGAGAGGGGCCAGUACGACCCACAGGGCCGAAUCAUGGUGCUGUCGGGUCAGUCGUGCCCCUGGAAGGACCACCUCUAUAUGCUGGAGGAGGAGGCCAAGGAGGCCGGAAGGGUUCUCUACGUGCUGUACCCCGAGAAGCCGACUCCAGGCGCAAAGUGGAGGGUGCAGACCGUACCUGUCACCAAGGACUCCUUUGAGAGCCGCAAGGCGCUGCCCAAGGAGUGGAGGGGCGUCAGGGAUGAGGAGCUUGACAAGGUGUCUGGCGUUCCAGGCUGCGUUUUUGUUCAUGCGGCUGGGUUCAUCGGUGGGAACAAGACCUUUGAUGGCGCCCUCGAGCUCGCGUUGAAGGCGCUGGACAUUUGAGUUAAAAGGGGUUUUACGGGCCGCCACCACCGAGUGGAUGAAUAGAUACCAGCAUGGUUCUUCUUCCGGCGUUUGACUAGGGAUACGUUAUUGCCUUCACCCAACAAAAGUAUGGCUGUUCUGAGGCAGGCGGCACUCAUAAAAGGAUACAUGGUCUGCUGGAAUUUUAGCAAUGGCAAGACAUUUCUGAUUCACGAUACUUUGCGUACAUAAAAAAGUAAAAAUAAAAACAAGCCCUCGAAUUGCGCCUC